UCCACGUCCUCCAUUUAAUUUGGGGUUUGAUUUUCUAAAUGUAACACUUACCAGAUUAGGUGGACCCACAGGAUUAUUUUUCCUUGAGGUCUCACCUGAGCAGGUGCAUGUACAGUAGACAGAACAGAAAGAGACUGAUUAGAGAGGUUGGAGUGGUAGAGGGCGUGACCCUCUUAAUCAUUCUUCACUUCCUUUUUUUAAGAGACGACUUGGCAACGUCCACCACAUCCGCGUCAACGCCUCCUUGGUGUCGUCCGCUUCCAAUAACCCAGCUUGCGUCUUGCACACUUGUGGCUUCCGUGCACAUAUUAACAACUCAUGGUUUUAGCUCCCAGCCGCCAAGCGUUGCCAAGGCGUUGAGAGGUCAUCUGGAAAGUCUUUUACCCAGAAUCGCUUUGAUUCAGGCCAGUUGGUUUCUCCUGCGGUGAUUUGGAAAUUCGCGCCCUCCUCUGGUCCUCGUCCAGGUGCGCGGGAAGCAGGUGCCCAGGAGAGAGGGGAUAAUGAAGGUUCCAUGCUGAUUACCCCAAAAAUUGAACCUGCAGACCAAGCGCAAAGUAGAAACUGAAAGUACAUUGCUGGCGGAUCCUACGGAAGUUAUGGAAAAGGCAAAGCGCAGAACCAGGCCGUGGUGUGUGCCGCCCCCCCUGGGAUGGAUGAAACAGCAGGCGCGGCGUGGGUAAGAGGAACCAGCUUCAGAGAUCAUCCUGCCCAACGCAGACUCUGCAACUCCGCGGAAGACCAGGGUCCUGGGAGUGACUAUGGGCGGUGAGAGUUUGCUCCUGCUCCAGUUGCGGUCAUCAUGACUACGCCCACCUCCCGCAGACCAUGUUCCAUGUUUCUUUUAGGUAUAUCUUUGGACUUCCUCCCCUGAUCCUAGUUCUGUUGCCAGUAGCAUCAUCUGAUUGUGAUAUUGAAGGUAAAGAUGGCAAACAAUAUGAGAGUGUUCUAAUGGUCAGCAUCGAUCAAUUAUUGGACAGCAUGAAAGAAAUUGGUAGCAAUUGCCUGAAUAAUGAAUUUAACUUUUUUAAAAGACAUCUAUGUGAUGAUAAUAAGGAAGGUAUGUUUUUAUUCCGUGCUGCUCGCAAGUUGAAGCAAUUUCUUAAAAUGAAUAGCACUGGUGAUUUUGAUCUCCACUUAUUAAAAGUUUCAGAAGGCACAACAAUACUUUUGAACUGCACCGGCAAGGUUAAAGGAAGAAAACCAGCUGCCCUGGGUGAACCCCAACCAACAAAGAGUUUGUUUUUCAGAGUGGAAUGCUUCCUAGAAGUUACUGAAUGCACCAUGGUCAAAAUGGAUUAGAGCAAUUGAGAAAUGCAUACUGUAUUACUAGAAGAUGGAUACAAACAAUGGAAACUGAAUGCUCCAGUCAACAAACUAUUUCUUACAUAUGUGAACAUAUAUCAAUCAGUAUAAUUCUGUACUGAUUUUUGUAAGACAAUCCAUGUAAGGUAUCAGUUGCAAUAAUACUUUUUAAGCCUGUUUAAAUAUUUCCAGACAUUAAAUCUAUGAAGUAUAUAACGGUUUCAAAGAUGCAAAAUUGACAUUGCUUUGCUGUCAAAAUAAUUUUAUGGUUCACUAUGAAUCUAUUAUACUGUAUUUAGAGUGAAAAUUGUCAUCUUCUGUGCUGGAGAUGUUUUAGGGUUAACAAUGAUAUAUGGAUAAUGCCCAUGAGAAUAAGAGAGUCAUAUACCUAAGUAAGCAACAGCAUAAUAAGGUCCAAGAUACCUAAAAGAGAUUUCAAGACAUUUAAUUAAUCAUGAAUGUGUAACACAGUACCUUCAAUAAAUGGCAUAGCAAAUGUUUUGACAUGAAAAAAGGAUAAUUUCAAAAAAAUAAAAUAAAAUAAAAAUAAAUUCACCUAGUCUAAGGAUGUUAAACCUUAGUAAUGAGUUACUUUGUCAUUUAUAUAGAUUAUAACUUAUCUAAGUAACUUUGUAAUUUGGGAGGUAUAUUUUUAAGAUAAUAAUAUAUGUUUACCUUUUAAUUAAUGAAAUAUGUGUAUUUAAUUUUGACACUAUAUCUGUAUAUAAAAUAUUUUCAUACAGUAUUACAAAUUGCUUACUUUGGAUAACAUUUCUCCUUUGAUAAAAUAAAUGAGCUAUGUAUUAACACUGCCAGAUUCAGUUAAUAAAUCUCAACAGAAUUUUUAAGAUGAGAUUUUUAAUACUACACUGCUCUUUGAUUUUCUGCUUUCAUUGAAUGUAUGACCUUUAAUAGCCUAUUAUCAACAAUCAACAUGAGACAGUACCUUCUAUGUUAAAUUUUAGUCUUUUAAAAGAAACCUGUUUGGAAAUGUCUGCAGUCUUCAUUCACUGAUAAAGGGAAAUGGAAAAACUAUUCUAAGCAGGCCAAACUCCACAAAUAGCUGUCAGUUUGCAUCGCACUGAACUAACAUCCUUCACGCUCUUUCUCAGCCUCAUCACCAUCUAGUUACGUGCUGAUGGGCUUUAUUUGAUCUACAGAGGAUGCUCUGGUGACUCCCUCAGUGUGUGUUGGUAACACCUUCCUGCCUUCUCUCACUUUCCCUGACCCAUAUGACAUUUCACGUUCACUGGUGCAAAAGCUGUAUAGAAUUGUAUACACUUCCAUACAAUUUACUGAACUGCCUCAUUAACAGGACUUUGAGUCAAGUAUUUUUUUCUGUUUGAUUAUCACUGUUAACUCCAGAAAGAUGAGUUGACUAACUCUUUUUAGAAGCAAAUGACUCUUCACCAAGCUUUCUUUCUUCAGAUGGACUUUUCUAAGUAGGCUAUGCUCCCUCCAUCAUAAAACAUGGUCAACCAUGUGGUGUAUCUCUACCCUGAUUACUGGAGCUAUUGGUAAACGAUUAGUUAGAGAAAUAAGGAAAUUUACAUUUCUAAAGGUAAACUCUUCAAACUAUCCUUGAAAAUUUUUCCUUCAAGGCUAUCUAUAAUGUUCCCUAACAGUGUUAAAAAAAUAUAUUCUCCCUGAGAUUGUGGCAAAAUAAGGGUCAAUAUUUUUUAAAUACUUGUUUAAAAACAUUAUUAAAAUUUUCUUCCUUGGUUUCUGUCA